UCAAGAGAUCACAAUAGUCAAUCUGCAACUGUAAUAUCAUAACCGACUCGACGCACUCGCCUCUUAAAAAUUAAACGCGCGAAAUAAACGGAGUUGUAACCUAGAAAACCGUGAGAUUCGGCUGACUGCAUAAUAGCGAGCCCAGCGGCCAUUUUUAUGUAAUACGAUGUAAUAAAUAGUUAUGCAACGAUCAUUUUGACCUCAUAAUUUGGCGGGUUGCGAACAGUCCGUCGCCAUGAUAGCACACGCUCGCGCGCUUUCUCAUUGACAGUUCAGUGUUCGAAAUUUGAAUUUGUGCCAGUGACAUUUAGUGCAGUGACUUUGGAUUUUAAAAAAAUGUGCUGAACUUCCACAAUGGCGACUCUCGACACCAAUAGUAACAUUAUCGAAACACUGGACAUGAAAAUAGAGAACAGGAAUGCACAGGAAGGCGCGGACGGGAGCAGGAACUUUAAACAGACAAUCGACAGGAAUCAAGAGGUAAACGGAAACAUGGAACAAGAGAACAGAAAUUUGGAGAAUAUAAAUAAUUUGAGCAGUAAAAAUAUCGACGAGUGUUUAGAAUGUCGGAAAGAUGAGAAGAAAUUGACUGAGAUACAAAAGUUUUAUGAUGGGAAGAAUAUUAUGAUCACCGGUGCGACAGGCUUCCUCGGCAAGGUUCUCAUGGAGAAGCUUCUCCGCUCGUGCCCCGGCGUGGAGAACAUCUACCUGCUGGUGCGGCAAAAGCGUGGGAAGGACAUCUACACUAGGAUAGAAGAGAUUCUCGACGAUCCUGUAUUUGAUAGACUGAAACAAGACGUCCCGAAGUUCCGACACAAAGUGGUGGUGAUGCCCGGAGACUGCGAGGCGGUGGGGCUGGGAUUGUCACUAUCUGAUAGACAAAUACUUACGGAGAAGGUAAACGUGGUGUUCCAUUCGGCGGCCACGGUGAAAUUUGACGAGCACCUCCGAGCGGCGCUCGCCACGAAUGUUCGCGCGCCACUACAUCUGCUGAGGCUUGCGAGAGAUAUGAAGGAUUUGAGCGUGUUCAUGCACGUCUCAACGGCAUACUCCAACUCCCAUCUGGAAGCGGUUCAGGAGAGGUUCUACCCCUGCGCAGCCAGCUGCGACCACCUCGAGACGGUGAUAGACAAACUGACAGAUGACCAGAUCAACCAGAUGUUACCCACCAUCCUAGGUCCGUGGCCGAAUACCUACACGUUCACCAAAGCACUAGCAGAGAAAGAGUUGAGGAAAAGCGUUGGCCAACUUCCUCUGGGCAUCUUCAGGCCUGCGAUAGUAACAUCAACUGCGAAAGAGCCAUUAGUAUGCUGGCUGGACAACAUGUAUGGACCCACGGGAGUCGCCAUUGGCACUGUAACGGGUAUCCUCCGAACUCUGCAGUGCGACGAGAAAGUCACAGCGGACAUCGUGCCCGUGGACAUGACGGUCAACUGCCUCAUGGUGGCCGCUGCCAACGUCCACAAAAUUUACAAGAGGUCACCGCCCCCCGAGCCCCCGAUCUUCAACUACGUGAGCUCCGUGGAGAACCGGAUCACGUGGGGCGAGUUCAUGACGCACAACCUCAAGCAUAUAGAUAAGAACCCCUUCUCCAACGCUGUGUGGUACGUGUCGCUGACGCUGCACCGGUCCGCUUUCAUGAACCAGCUGUACAUUAUCUUCUUGCAUCUGCUGCCAGGAGUGCUGGUCGACGCGUUGGCUGUCUGUCUAGGAAGGAAACCAAAGAUGUUGAAGGUGUACCGCAAGAUCCACAAGUUCUCUUCUGUUCUCUCCUACUUCUGUACGCGGGAGAUACAUUUCUGCAACCGGAAUAUAAGAAAUAUGUGGGACAGGACGCCUGAUGACGAUAAACAGAUGUUUCCAUUCAGUAUGGCCGAAGUGAGCUGGGAGCUAUAUUUCCAACAGUACCUCAUCGGAAUCAGGCGAUACCUGUUUAAGGAGAGCGACGACACGCUGCCGCAAGCGAGGAUCAAGUGGCGAAGACUAUACUACCUACAUCAGUUAGUAAGGUUAAUUUUCUCUGCUCUAGCCCUCUACGCUCUAUGGUCCAUAUUAACUACACUAUUUUAGAAUUUUUAGAACCAAAGAGUUAUACUUUUUAAAGUAAGAACUCUAAGAGCCACCCGACUCUAGCGUCUAGUCAACUCUAUGGCUGCUGCUCGACGCAACGUUGGCGCAACUGUGCGGCGACGCCAUAUUCCAUAACGCUGAGGCGCUGACUAGAUGCCAACGCUGAAGAUGCUAGUGCGUGGUGGCCCUAACCAUGAAGAAUAUCUUACAGUGACCCGCCUGUUCCUAUCUCUAUCGCAUGCGCUUUUUUUUUCUUGAACAGUAUAAUUGUGUAUGAAAUAUAGAAAUAUAUAAAACAUCUUCACGUUACUUAACAAUAAAAAAAUUAUUAACAAUUAUCUUAAAAAUAAACAAAAUUAAUAUUUACAAAAUAUCAUACAAUAACAAAUUAUGUGUUGUGUAAGUACUUAAUGGGAUAAUAAUAAAAAAAUACAAUAAUAAUAAAAAAAAUGACACAAUUUUCGAUCCCCCUCCCCCCCGUGUAACGCGCCGUAACGUUUUCGUGCCCCCUUCCCCUACCGAAAAGUUACGUUGAAGAAAUGAGCGAGCGUGUAUGAGGAAUGUUAUGCGAAAGAGGUAUGUCAGGAUCGUAGCAAGUGGAAAUCCGUGGUCUCUGCCUACCCCUCCGGGAAAUAGGUGUGAUUAUGUAUGUAUUUUAUUAAAAAAAAUACAUUGUCACGUAAUGCCUUGUUCCAUACUUUUGUAAACAUUCACAUUAUUUUAUUACAAAAUAUUUAAAAUAUUGAAAAAUUUUGAGCGGUUGAAACGCUUAUAAUUUUUGGCGCGAAUUCGACAGAGCGUGAUGACGUCACACGUUGGACGGUCCAGCUACUUAUAACACUUAUGUGAACUAAUCCGUCGAACGCGUGACGUCACGUGACGUUUCGCUCACUAGCUUUUCGCGAAAAAAAUUUUGUACUUUUUAUUAGCAAUUAAAUGAUAGUUUAAUAACGGAAAUGCAUUUGUAACAUGAUAUAACAUUAACAAACAUCCGAAUAAAAAAUAUUUCGUUCAAAUAUAAACUUCAUGCAUGAGGCUAAUUAUGCGAGUGCGAUAGAGAUAGGAACAGGCGGGUCGCUGUACGAAAUUAUUCGUGGUUGGCGUCCUUACUUUAGUGGAGAUGUAAAGUGUAAGACAAAAUUGUGGCCUCGAACUUGACAUUCGAACGAAAAUUUAAAAAUGUAGUCGCGAAGGUUUUUGCCAUAUAACAUUUGAGUUUCGCGCCUUUUCCUUCUGAGAAAUUAGUUUUCACCACACCAGCUGGCAAAUGCUCUCUAAUACUUCAGAAGCUGAUGAGAAAGUUGCAUUUUGUCCACAAGAGUGGCAAAGUAAUUAGAUGCAAAUUAUGAGUUGUUUCCUCAUUUUGGCUGGUGGAAUUUACUUUUAAGUGAUGAUUUUGAAUGAUACAUGUUUAGUAGCGUUCAUUUGGUUUUUAUUUGUAAUGUUUUACAGGUGCAUAGUAUUUUUCUCGCGUUGGUGUGUAAACUAUUGUUUCACUCGGUGGCAAAGUUUGAGUCGUGCCUUAAAACCCUCGCAACGCUCAAGAUUCUUCCGCUUGCUCGGGUAUCAGUAUUAGCAAAGAUAGAUAUAACUCCGUAAUAGAUGGAUACAGUCUAAGGAAAAAACGUGCCUUGAAAAUCAAGAAAAUUUGAUUCUCGUUCAGAGGGCGCUACUAGUUUUGGCCUACAGUCGUAUAGAUGGCGUUGACGGUUUCGUUUGUUAUUUAACAAUUUUAACGCAUAUCAGUGAAAGAACAUGGGUCAAAAUCAUAAAAAUAAUUAAUGCAAAUAAAAAAAAUCCUUUAUCUAUAUUUAAAUACAUUCUAUCGUAUUUUUAUAAAUCUUCAUUUUUAGUUUUAAAGUGUGUCGACAGAUGGCAGUGAAUUUACUGGGGUUACAAAAUUUACUAUGACCAACUAUGACAGUACCGCUCUAGUAUAAGUUGCUCUAUGCUAUGACAGUACCGCUCUAGUAUAAGUUACUCUAUGGUAUUAGCACGAGUGGUUAAACAACAACUUUGCCCCCUUGUAAUACAAAUAACUAUUCCCAAACUAUAGAUACGCCAUAUAUUGUGUAUUUACACUAUUUACUGAAUUGUCAAACGCAAAAUUUUGACAGUCAGAAUUACCAAAUUCUAGUCUAGUUCAGCUGUCAAAUACGGCCUGCUCCGUAGGUAGGUAGGUAAGCUACACAUUUUUUUUUCAAACUACACUUUUGCUUUUAAUAGGUUACUCUAUAGAAAUAAAAAUGAUUGCAAUGUGUACAGAGACAAUAUUAUGCAUAUUUUAAAAACAAUUUUUUAUGAAAAUUGUAUAAAUUACUUUAAAAAGUUAUAUAAUAUAAGUAUUUUAGUUAUUUUUUGUACCUAAUGUUGUUAAAUACUAAGCUAUUUUGAUAAAUGUGAUUAAGUCCAGCAAUUUUAAAUUUUCUAGCAGUUGUUAAAAAU